UAUAUAUAUAUAUAUCCGUGCAUAGAACUAUGAAUGCACUUUAUUAAAACUUUUCCUACGUCAACGCGACAUCCUCGUUCUGUCGUAAAUGUAACAAAGUAAUUAUACUCCUUCCCAAGGUAAGUGUAAGGAGAUCUCUCCCCGAUAAACCUUGUUAUCUUUCACGGGUGCUAUAAAAGAAAAAUGUGGAUGCAGCCGAGAAAUUGAUGAACAGUUGCAUCGUCCUCCUGUCAAUUUACGUUGUGUUAUUUGAUAAUCAUUCGUGCAAUUGACUCAACGUUUUGACAAUACGUAGUUAAAAAUCUCCACUUUAACAGUUACUGACAAUAGAUGUGUACAAUUAAAGCAUCUAACCAUAAGUAAAAAAAAAGAAUUAUUCGUGUUUUAAAUAAAACACCAUGGACAUCAAGAAAUUGAAAGAAUUCAUGGAACUGGUGGGCAGAUUAAAGCACAUGAAAAGAACAGGAUGGGUUCUUAAGAAUGUAUCUGAUCCGGAAACGAUUGCGGGUCACAUGUACAGAAUGGCUAUGCUUUCUUUCUUAGUAGAUAAUAAUGAGAAUUUAGACAAAGUCAAAAUCAUGCAGAUGACUUUAAUCCAUGACUUAGCAGAAUGUAUCGUUGGAGAUAUAACACCUUAUUGUGGUAUUCCACCUGAUGUAAAACACAAACUAGAGGAUGAAGCUAUGGAGAACAUUUGUAAACUCCUUGGAGACAGAGGACCUAUGAUAUUGGAAAUGUUUCGUGAAUAUGAGAAACAAGAAUCCCCAGAAGCAAAAUAUGUCAAAGACUUAGACAGAUUAGAUUUAAUUAUGCAAGCAUAUGAAUAUGAAAAAAGAGAUAAUAUUCCUGGAAAGUUAGAGGAGUUUUUUUCCGCAACUGAUGGAAAAAUAGGACAUCCUUUUAUUAAGCAAUUGGCAUCUGAAAUUACUGCAACAAGACGAGCUCUAUGUUGCAGUUCAGCUAGUUCAAUAUAAGUCUUUAUCUGUUCAGGGAAACAAAACAUCAUAUGUUUCAUAUAUUUAAUAGUUAUAUAAUAUAAUAUUUAAUAGUUAUAUAAUACAAUAAUAUAAUAAUAUUUUGAUAGAGAAUAAAGAUACAUGUUUAAAACUACCAUUUCAAAAAUUUAAAAUAUUAAAAUAUUUGAUGUACUAAUAUUUUUCUUUAUUUUCUGUGAAAAUAGAAGCCUACAUAAGUAUCUUAACCAAAUUUAUUUAACAGCGAAAUAUUAUAAUAUCGAGACAAACAUUUUGAAAUUUAAUAUCAAUUAAUUUUAAAUUUAUUAAAUUAUUCGAUUUUGUUUGCGAUAAAUAAACAAAAUUUUUAGUGAAGAUUGAUAAAGAUGAAGUUCAAAGGUUAAUGAUAAGAUAAAGCAAAUGAUCAUUAAUUCAAUUUGUGUAUCCUUAUUUGAUUUCAUAAUUUAAAUUAGAAUUAUUAUUAUUUAUUUAAGAAAUUAA